AGGGGGCCACAUGUUAAGGUACCAGCGUGCACGCGGCCGCGCGCGCGCUGGCUCUCUCUCUCUCUCUCUCUCGCUCUCUCUCUGCCUUUGCUCGCGCCGUUCGUCCAUGCGCGCUCCCGCUCAGAGCCAAGCUUCGGGGAGCCCGGAGCGCAGACGAGAGACAGCGGGAGAGUCAGAGAGAAAGAUGGAGGUGCGGGUCGGGGAGCGCCUCCUGUGCCUGGCCGUGCUGUUCAGCGUCCUCUGCGUGGAUUCAGCCCUCGGCAAAUACGUCAAAGGCAUCGUCAACACCAAAGAGGACUGGGUUUUCCUCACUCGCUUCUGCUUUCUCACCGACUUUGGGCGUCUGGACUUCCGGUUCCGCUACCCAAAGUCCCGCUGCUGUCAGAACAUACUGCUCUACUUUGAUGACAGUUCUCAGUGGCCAGCAGUGUACAAGAGGCCAGAAAAGAACUGCUACCAGAAGGAGGCAGUGCUGAGGCCCGAGAACAACCAGGUCAUCAACCUCACCACACGCUACACCUGGUCCGGAUGUGUGGUGGAGGGAGACGGGGACGAGGAGGUCCUGAGCUGCGUGGGUGGCCGUAGUUUCCGCUCGGUGAGGGAGAGAUGGUGGUACAUCGCCCUCAGCAAGUGUGGGGGCGAGGGUUUGCAGCUGGAGUACGAGAUGAAGCUGACCAAUGGCCAGUCGUUGUGGACGCAGCAUUUCUCCGCAGAUGAGUUCGGAAUCCUGGAGACGGACAUCACCUUCCUGGUCAUAUUCUCCAUGGUGUUCCUCCUCUCCUGCUACUUUGCCAAUAAUCUAAAGGGAAGACAGCUUCUUCACACAACCUACAAAAUGUUUAUGACGGCGGCAGGUGUGGAGGUGCUCAGCCUGUUGUUUCACUGCGUCUACUGGGGCCUGUACGCGAGAGAUGGAGUUGGCAACGGCAGCCUGAAAAUACUCGGGAAAUUACUGUUCUCCGUCAGUUUCUUGGUGUUCCUUCUGAUGCUCAUAUUGUUGGGCAAAGGUUUCACUGUCACCAGGGCGAGGAUCAGUCACAGUGGGUCGGUGAAGUUGAGCAUUUACAUGACAGUCUACACAAUCACCUACGUCAUUCUCUUCAUCUAUGAGGCGGAGUUCUUCGACCCAGGUGAAGUGCUGUACGCCUACGACAGCCCCGCAGGCUACGGACUGAUGGGCCUGCAGCUGCUGGCCUAUGUGUGGUUCUGCUACGCCGUGCUGGUCUCUCUGAAACACUACCCAGAGAAACAGCCCUUCUACAUCCCGUUCUUCACCACAUACACACUAUGGUUUUUCGCAGUGCCUGUUAUGGCUCUGAUCGCCAACUAUGGGAUUCCUCGCUGGGCCCGGGAGAAGAUCGUCAACGGCAUUCAGCUCGGCAUCCACCUCUACGCUCACAUCGUUUUCCUUGUUAUCACACGCCCUUCAGCUGCCAAUAAGAACUUCCCAUAUCACGUUCGGACAUCCCAGAUUGGAAUUCUUCUGUCCAGUCCGAAAGGGGGUGAGGGGGCUGAGAGUUUCCCCCAUCACGCUUAUGGAAACGGCUCCUUCCUGGGGGAUUCUCAACCUAACUUCACUGAACUAUUCUCCAUUCAAUCGGAUCCAGUGAAGACGGUGGAGGAGACGGUGGCCUGCAAAGGACCAGAGGUGCCAAGGAACAGCGAGCAGAAGAUCAUCACCACUGCUGCCGACUUAACGUCGAUAUUGCCCCCACCUCCGAUACCCCCCCGCCCGGCCACGCGCUCACCCCCGCUGCCGCCUCGGCUCCCAUCGUUCACCGAAUAUUUCAGCAUGCAGAGCGGAGGCGGAGGAGGGUUCGGAACCAAGGCGUGAGAUGGAGAGAAGGUCAGCACAGAGGGAGACGAGGGGAAGGCUUGGAGGGGAUUGGACAGAAUGACAAUACCAGAGAAGGAAAAGUGGAAAUCAAGGCGUCACCAUAUAGAGACAAAAGGGACAGCCCACAAAAAAAAGUUUGGAGAUUGGAAGGACGAAGAAGAGAGAUCAUCAGAAAAGUGAAUCCAUAAACGGUACCUUUUCACAUGUGAAUGGGAAUAACCUGCUCGGAGGAGUAAGGGGGGAAAUGGCUGUGAGGAAGGAGUGCUGAGCUUGUUAAAGAAUAAAGAAGCAAUAAAUAUUUGAUGCUGACCAGUAAAAGGCACACAGGGAGAAAGAUGACAAAGUGGAUGUAGCCUGAGCAAUAGAAUGAUAGCUGUGCAAGAUGCGGAAAUGAACAAAAUUCUUGAAAUACUUUUAUUCAAAAAUUCAUGAGGUGGCGAUGGUGUGCCUGGAAGAGUUUUGUAAAUAGCUGAAACUGGAGAGAGCUACCACUAUAUCUAGUUUUUAUUUUUAAAAAAAUAAAUAAAGAAGGAAAUUGGUUUUCAUGUUUUUUUCCACAUCAUUAAAUUCCAGUUGGUGCUGUGACCAUUGAAAAAUCUCAAACUCGUGGGGGAAAAAAGAGACUUUUGGUUAUGUUUGGCAUAUUUUGAUAAAGCAUAGAUAUUUACUCCAUAUGGAGUUUGUUGGGUUACUUUAUAUUCUAAUAUGCCUUUAUUGCAGCUGGUUAUUCUGGUUUGAUAUGCUGAUGUGUAAAUGUAAAAUGUCACGUUUACUGUGGGCACUUCUAGGUACUCGUAAAAACAAGCAUGUUUGUAUUGUAAUUCCUGUCCAAAAGGCUAAUAUGUGUAUUCCAUGUGAUCAUACAAUAUUUUGCUUAUUGUGUGUAUUGAAAUCUAUACUUUUGUAAAUACAUACAAUAGGCUUUAGUCUAUUUUUGACAGGUCGAAAUGCUGUUGUUAUUCCAAACAAAGCCCUCUAGUGCUGUCUGAAACAAUAUGGAGACAAAUAUUCUACUACUUUGGUUGAUUGCAGAAUAUUCCUGCUCAAAAAAAUGUCAUUUCUGUGUAUGUAGACGUUGGUGAAUGUACUGAUGCAAUACAGCACAAGGACAGGGAUGAUUUUCAAGUUACUGGAAUACGAUAGCGCACCUUUAUCCAACUGUCUUCAGCUUACAUCGACAACACGCUCCAUGAUUACAGAGCAGGAUGCUUCCCUUCUUUUCCCAAACACAAGUAACUUCAUCCUCACCCCUGUCUGGUAAACUGAAUAUAUAUAUAUACAUAUAUAUAUAUAUGUAUAUAUAUAUAGUAUUUGUCCGCUUUUCGCACUUGAAUGUUCAAACCGUACGAAAAGCUGAACAAAUAUUUCUAGUUUUAUAUCUCCCGACAUUGAGUGAUGACAAAAAAAAUACAUGUAUACAAAAAAAACAAAAAAAAAAGCCUUGUAGAGCAACUGUGAAAACAGCAACACAACUGUACAUUUUGUCUGUCCUGCAUGGAGCACUUUAAUGUUCCUGGUCUAAGUCUGUUUGUUCGUGAUGACGUCACAUUAUAAGACUGCUUUGACACUUGUACCCACACCACCAUCCAGGAGUAUUCCACACGCACACACACACACACCUGUAAAUACAGUCUGAAAAGCGUCAGCGACUGCUCGGACGGACUUUUAUUUUUAUUUUUAAGAAGGUACCACAAUUGAGAAACUGAAAAAAAGGCAUUAGCAAAUUCAGAAGUUUUAUCUUUUUCUGAUUCAUAAUUCAUCGGUGGGAUCUGAUCUGGGAUCAGCCGGUGUAUCUGAGCCAAUCUUGCUGUGCCGGAGUACUUUAGGAUGUUAGGACUGUGGUGUGUAAAAUUGUGAGGGUGUAGUCAUGAGGUGUAACUCGAUACUUGAACUAGAGUACUACUAGUCGUUAUUUCUGAUUAUGUGUCUGGUUUAUAGUUGGCAUGUCCGCCAUUUUGUCUGCUGUUGCCUGAUGCUACGGUUGCCAUGACUCGACUGAAAACAGACCCCCGGGUGACUCGACUAACCGACCGGUUUACCCGAUGAGACUGCAUCACUGUUUCAACCGUGCAGAUAUUGAUACUAAGUUAUAGGACUGACACACACACACACACACACACACACACACACACACACACACACACCUAGCGGAGAGAAGUGGAAUAAAAGAGAUUAUGUAUGCAUGACAGAAAACAGCACAGCUUUUAGGCGACUCAGAGCGUUCUGGUUAAGAGCACAUCACUGAAGCACCGUUCAGAUGCAUUUUAAAGGUGUCAAAUGAAGAAUUCUAAAUACGCUGUACAUAUACACACUUUUUGCCAAAUUAAAAAAAAUAAUAUGGUUUUGUUAUAA